AUGAGCCCAUCAAACUCUUUUCUCUACAAACACACUCAGCUGCCCGUCUCCGAUCCCCGCAUUUCCCCCAAACUCUCCCAAUCCGAAAUCGAGUCCGGCGCUAGGGUUCGCGCGAACGUAAUCGGAAGAGGGAAAAUGGCGAUGAGGAGGUUCUACAACGAGAUCAAGGGGCUGAAGGUGAAGGAGGUUCCCGACCACGUGAAGCCGAUGCUCUCUCUCGACUUCGUGAAGAAAUCCGUGCAGAAGGGACUGGACAAUUACCACGCCAAGUACAUCCAGACCAGCUCCGUCGACCCGCUCUUACAUGUCUGCUUCGGCGGGAUGGUCUUCUCUUAUCUCGUCGCCCUCCCUGAAGAGCGACGCCAUCUGGAGCACCAGCAGCACGCCAAAGAGCACGGCGGCCACUGA